AUGGACGACUUUGCUGGGCUUGUAUGGGGUGACACUACGAUUAAGCCUAAGAGCCAGCCUCAGACCCUGGGUUCCGGCUUGUCACAACCCUCACGAGUCAAUGUGUCAAAACCUUAUGAUGCCUUCGCUGCGAUCGCCUCCAGUGGACCCUCACGGCCCCUGCCAUCACGCAGUAAUUCAAGCUUCCCCUCUCAGUCGGGAAGAUAUACUCCCGCUUCUCAUCCACCUAUAGCUGUUUCUAACUCUCACGAAGCGUUCAGUGGUCUCCUUUCCAUCGAGACAACGUCUCAUGCUGAUAGGACUAUUGCGGAGCGACAGGCCCAGGCUGAACGCGAACGAACGGAAAAGAAUGCCCGCCCCGGUGAAGAGCUCUGGUCUCAGAAUGGCUUCUGGGAUCGCUACGAUUCGAUUGGGGCCCGUGGGCCUAAGUCGUCCGCUGCAACCGGAGAAUCGUCGUCUCUAAUGGGCUUGUCAUCCUCGCUGUUGUCUCCCACUAUUCUUACACCCUCCCCAAGACCCAGUAGCGCUGCUCCUUCAUCAAAGUCCCAGACAUCCCUCCCACCGAAUGGGACUGAUCCAGGUGAUUCCUGGAAAGACUUUGAUCUUCUUUCGUUAACGGAUACAACCACGUCUAUACAUGCACCCAAGCCUGCACCUUCAAUACCAUACCAAACUAGUAUGGCACAGGAACUGUUUGAUUUUUCUGCCCUCGAUGGGCAGCCUAAGCCAACAUCUUCACGCGCUUCGCGUCCCCAAUCUAGAAGUCGCACACCCGGCGAUUUUGAUUUUGGCGAUGGGAAUUCCGGUGCACUCAUUGAUGAGGAUGACAGAGAUGGUGAGGAGGAUCUGCUGAGUGGGUUUGGACGUCCUGUAAGGUCGCGACCUCAACCAGCUUCAAAUUCCCAGAUCCCGCAACAAUGGGAAGAGUCGUCUCACCCUAAAAACACGUCCCCUCCGCCACAUAUUGUUGGCCAAAUUGUUGAAAUGGGUUUUGCGCCCCAAGAGGCACGGGCUGCCCUCGCUUCCACUGCAUCAGGCGUUGAUGUCCAGGCUGCACUUGAGACCCUUCUCAACGGGUCACGCGACACACCUCGAUCUCCACGACCGAGACGGCCCGCUUCAGCGGAAGACGAGACAGCUGGGUAUGAAUGGCGAGAACGAGGGCGCGAGCGUCGUCAUCAUACUGGGGCAGGAGGGUCAGAUGAUUCUUCCCCAUCUCGUGAAAUAGAGCUGAAACAACAAAUCGGCGGUUCUGGCCUGAACGCUGCUCAGUUGAAAGAGCAGGCAGACAAGUAUCUCGCUCAAGCAAGCGAAAUUGGGCUCAGCAUGUUCACCAAGGCAAAUGCACUCUUGUCUCAGGGAAGGGCGCAGCUUCAAAAGGCUUACGAAGACAGAAGGGGUGCUUCUGAAACCAAUAUUUCGGGAUCUAGGCUGCGGACAGGUGAACGCUUAAGCUGGGCCGCAGAUCCCUCCGCCACGGUGCUGCCGGAGCCCGUCGAUGUUCAAUCGAGGUUCCGAGACAAUUAUGAUGACGGGAACGAAGGGGCAGAGGAGACAAGCCUCCAGAACUCCUUACAACCGUUGAAGCGACCUCAAUUUACACGUUCAGAUUCUCCUGUUGCGCCUCCGCCGCAGGCCGAUUUAUUUUCCAAGGAACCCACAACUACUUACGUCUCUCCUCACCGCCGACGCCGCAACCGUGUUGCCACCAUCUCUGACCCCGUUUCUGAAGGCAAGAAACAAGACCAGAGCGCUCGUGCCUCACCCAUUCCUGCCUCUCGUCCCAUCUCCCCCCCGCGUUUAAGAAAGCGGGCUUUUGUAUCGGCUUCACAAAGCGUAUUAGCUACUGCCAAGUCCUACCGGUCGAAAGGAACCGGGCUGUUCAGGCUCGGUCGGUUCGCGGAAGCCGAGGCGUCAUACACGUCGGCCAUCGCCUCCAUUCCCUCUGGACAUUUAUACCUCCUUCCCCUGCACAACAAUCGUGCUGCUACUCGCCUUAAAACCGGUGAUUCGAAAGGGGCAAUUGCUGAUUGUACCACGGUGCUCCAGAUCAUUGGUGAAGACUUCCACCCUGCAAAAGACGAACCCGCACCCCCUUUCACUGAUGGCGAGACUCUCAAUCUUGGUGAUGCAUAUGUUAAGGCAUUGUAUAAGCGAGCUGAGGCAUAUGAGGGUGGUGAAAAAUGGAUUCAGGCGAAACAUGAUUGGGAAAAGCUCGUCACGAUUGAUUGGCCGCCUGGACAGCGUGUGAGACGAGAAGCGUUGCGUGGAGCGGCAAGGUGCAGAAAGAUGCUUUCCACUGAGUAUGGAGCUGACGGCGAAGGAUCGACAUCCUUCGCUAAACCUGUGACGACCCGACGACCCCAGCCUCCCAAACCUGCCACUUCUUCGGAAGCAUCAAAUCGCUUGCGUGCAGCCAACCAAGCCGCUGAAGCUGAGGAACUCGAGCGAGCAAGGCUGAAAGAUGCGGUAGAUGGGAAACUCGGAGCAUGGAAAAACGGAAAGGAGAACAACCUUCGAGCGCUGAUUGCGAGUCUUGACACGGUCCUAUGGUCCGAGUUAGGAUGGCAGAAGGUUGGUAUGCACGAGUUAGUUACGCCGGCACAGGUGAAGGUGCGGUAUAUGAAGGCGAUUUCCAGGUUGCAUCCUGACAAGGCGAGUUACUGGAUCGGUUUCACACCAGAUUUUUGUUGA